AUGACCCAACUGAGCUUUGGAAUCAUGGCUGUGAUUUUGAAUGAGUUUGAAACCAGUUCAGAGAGUACUGCGCACAGCGAAGAACAACAGGACAGUGCCAGCUGGGAGAGGUACUUGGAAAGGAGAAGCCUUGUUCUGCAGUUCCUGCACUCCAGCCUGAGCCGCCACCACCUCCAGCACCACCAGAACAAAGUUGAGCUUCUGAAGAAGUGUCGCUUUUACUUGGAGAUUGAGCCCAAACAUGUGAACGUGAGAGACCAGAACCACGUGAUGCAUCGCACUGACAUCUUGCAACUCAUAGACCCCUGCCAGUUCCAGAGGAUGAAGACGGUGGGAAAAAACCAGACUGAAAUCCAGCUGUCGCUUUUAACUGGGCUGUUAGAACAGCUGGAACGAGGUCAGGAGGAGCUGAGCUGUUACGUAGAGACCUCUGACAUGAUAACUUUCCUCUCCCGGUGGGACUUGAUUAUGCAGAGACUAUCCAAGCUCUCCGAGUUUAUGGAAACUCUCGUUUCCUUGCAAGUGCCAGGAAAGCUCUACGUCAAGCACCGUUUGGUGUCACAUGCAGAUCUUAGAGGUACUAGACUCCCCAACAUUAGGCUUUCUCUCUGUACAAAGAUGCCACUGAUUUUUGAUCGGAAAGAAUCAUUUGCACACAAGAACUGGGCCAAGCUCAAGUGGUUUACUGAAAAUCAAGAGUCACACCUCGAACAAUGCGAACUGCAAGUUAAGUUACUGACAAACGGGAGUCAGACAGAACCGGGAUACGGUAGGAGUCAGGUAGUCACCUCCAACACAUACGUAGUCCAGGACCUGCAGCCCGGCAGAUCAUACGAAUUCACAAUUAGAAGAUCAGACACUCACACACUUGUCUUUGAAAAAUGGCGUGACAGCAUUACAUUGAAGACAAAAACUAACGCUGUUGAAGACGCGGACAGCAGCGCUUGUGCACCAGAAGGAUGA